AUUGGACGUACAGGCACAAUCGUAGGUCUUGAUAUGGCAGAGUGUUUGUUUUCGAGUGGUAAACCAGUGAAUAUGGCCGAUAUUGUCAAAGAAUUACGAAAACAACGAAAUGGUUCUGUACAAACUGAUAUUCAAUAUGUUUAUAUGCAUCGAUGUUUGGUCGGAUUAUGUGAAAACAAAAAGGUAAUGAAACGAGAGGAAUUAUCCAAUUUCAUCAAAGACUUCGACGUGGUUGCCGCUGCUAGAGGCAAAUGA